CGCCGUCGCAACCAGGAAGUGACGUCGCGGCCUCCGUCAGCCUGUGUUGAUGUUUUGUGCGCUCGCGCUGAGGGAGCGGACACUUUUUGUUUUUGUUCAACAGAACCGUCGAACCGAGCCGCGCCGCGCGCCCUGUGGGCCGAACCGGGUCGUUAAGAGCCUUAGCUCGGUGAUUAGAGCCGAGCGGCCGGUCCGGAGGGCGAACACACCGAACCUUUUGAUCCAGAAGGAGGACCCGUCCCUCUGACCCCCUCCCUGCCUCCACCAUGACGAUCCUCCCGAAGAAGAAGCCCAGCUCCGGGGUCGGCGUCUCGGACCACGCCGAUGACAGCGACCGUCGAAGCGGCUCCGACCCGCACCAGCACCCGCACCCGCACGCAGGACGGGCCGGAGCCCGACCGAGGGCUUCACCUCCGCCGUGGUCCUACCAGCCUGCUCCGCCCUCCGCUCGGGACGACAGGCGGAGCAUCGAGGCGAGCUCCCGGCCGCAGCAGGCCUCUCCGCCGCCCGUCGGCUCCGUGUCCCCCGUAGGGCCGGGCGACGGUCGGGACAGCAGCGGCGAGGUGGCCGGCUCCCGCGGGGAGCUCGUCGUAUCGGCCGGCGUCGUCGGCUGCGGCGGAGGCAUCGGCAGCUGCUGCUCCGGGCCCGGGCUCAGCAAGAGGCGGCGGCAGGCAACCUGCUCCGGCGGAGUGGUGGCGGCUCUGGCCGGCGGAGGCCAGCCCGGGGUGUGCCCACCGGGGGAGUGGGGUCCGCCAGGCACGGAGGAAGGAGCCGGGAACAACAGCGAGGACGAGUACGAGAACGGCCGGCUGCAGUCCAUGGGCCCGGCGACGGUGGAGCAGCAGGAGCACUGGUUUGAAAAAGCUCUGCGGGAAAAGAAAGGCUUCGUCAUCAAGAAGAUGAAGGAGGACGGAGCAUGUCUGUUCAGAGCCGUGGCUGAUCAAGUGUAUGGAGAUCAGGACAUGCACGAAGUGGUCAGGAAACACUGUAUGGACUACUUGAUGAAGAAUGCAGACUACUUCUCGAACUACGUGACGGAGGACUUCACCACAUACAUCAACAGGAAGAGGAAAAAUAAUUGCCAUGGUAACCACAUCGAGAUGCAGGCCAUGGCCGAGAUGUACAACAGACCUGUGGAGGUGUAUCAGUACAGCACAGAGCCAAUCAACACGUUCCACGGCAUCCACCAGAACAAUGACGAGCCAAUCAGAGUGAGCUACCACCGCAACAUCCACUACAACUCCGUGGUGAACCCCAACAAGGCCACCAUCGGGGUCGGACUAGGCCUGCCCGCCUUCAAACCCGGGUACGCAGAGCAGUCUCUGAUGAAGUCGGCCAUCAAGACGUCGGAGGAGUCGUGGAUCGAGCAGCAGAUGUUGGAGGACAAGAAGAGAGCGACGGACUGGGAGGCCACCAACGAAGCCAUCGAGGAGCAGGUGGCCCGGGAGUCUUACCUGCAGUGGCUCCAGGACCAGGAGAAGCAGGCUCGACAGCCCCGUAAAGCCAGCGCCACCUGCAGCUCGGCGACGGCGGCGGCCUCGAGCGGACUGGAUGACUGGAGCGCCCGGUCGCCGCGGCAGCGUGACUCCGACCCCUCCCACUCUGACCUCACAACCACCCCGUCGACCAAUAACAACAAGCCCCCCUCCCCUGCCGGAGCCGCCCUCAUACUGAGCAAACCCCCCUCCCCCUGCGCGCCAGGUCCCAGUAAUCAGAGUCGUCAUCAUUUGGAGUACAGAGCCAUCAUGCAGGAGAUGUCGCCCACAGCAUUUGGUCUGACGGACUGGGAGGACGAUGAGAUUCUGGCGUCGGUGCUCGCCGUCUCCCAGCAGGAGUACCUGGACAGCAUGAAACACCAGAGCUCCGCCUCCAUGCAUCGAGAGAGGGAGCCGUCGCCCGACAGCAGCUGAUGGCCGGCGCACGCACAAACACACAGAUACAACGAUGACCCCGCCUCCUUCCCGCCCUCCACCUUCCUGUGACCCCGCCCCCCGCAGACGGAGAUCGACCUGGAAAAUAAACCAUCAAACAAACAAA